GUGGCCAAGGGUCUGGGCCUCCUCAAAAUCAGAUGCAAACACCACAUGGCCCACCAAAUAUGAUGCAGACCAAUCUAAUGGGACUUCAUGGAAAUAUGAACAACCAGCAGGCUGGUGCUAGUGGGGUGCCACAAGUUAACAUGGGCAGCAUACCGGGGCAGCCUCAGCAAGGACCACAGUCUCAGCUUAUGGGAAUGCAUCAGCAAAUCGUGUCCUCUCAAGGACAGAUGGUAAACAUUCAAGCUCAGGGAUCGCUGAACCCUCAAAAUCAGAUGAUACUUUCUCGAACUCAGCUCAUGCCGCAAGGCCAAAUGAUGGUGACACCACAGAACCAAAAUCUUGGUCCUUCUCCCCAAAGGAUGACCCCACCCAAACAGAUUAUUCCCCAGCAGGGACAACAGAUGAUGUCUCCUCAUAAUCAGAUGAUGGGACCUCAGGGCCAGGUCUUGUUACAGCAAAACUCCAUGAUGGAACAGAUGAUGACCACUCAGAUGCAAGGAAAUAAACAGCCUUUUAAUACUCAAAACCAGUCCAAUGUUAUGACGGGGCCAGCUCAACUGAUGAGAGGACCAACCCCAAACAUGCAAGGAAACAUGGUGCAGUUCACUGGGCAGAUGAUGGCACAGCAAGGCCCUGUGAAUGGUAAUCCUUCUCAGGUUAUGGGAAUUCAAGGACAAGUUUUAAGACCCACUGGACCUGGUCCUCACAUAUCUCAGCAACUUGGGGAUACUACUACUACAACAAAUAAUGAUGUGAACUUGACACAGAUGUUACCUGACGUUCCUGUGCAGCAGCCAAACAUGGUGCCUUCUCAUAUGCAAGCAAUGCAAGGAAACACCAGUGCUUCAGGGAAUCAUUUCUCUGGCCAUGGGCUGCCUUUCAAUACGGGGUUUAGUGGAACACCAAAUGGGAAUCAGAUUUCCUGUGGGCAGAAUCCUGUUUUUCCUGUCAAUAAAGAUGUUACACUCACAAGUCCGCUGUUGGUUAACCUUCUACAGAGUGAUAUAUCAGCAGGACACUUCGGUGUGAACAACAAACAAAAUAAUCAGAAUGCCAACAAGCCUAAGAAGAAGAAGCCUCCACGGAAGAAGAAAAAUAAUCAACAGCUAGAACAAACAACCUCUUCAGAACCACGUCCAGCUGGCCUGGAGGAGAGUGAUCAGUCAUCGAUGUCUGGAGAACAAGGAAUGAAUUUAGAUAAUUCAGGUCCUAAACUUUCUGAUUUUGCAAGUAGGCCACCAGGUUAUCCAUCUCAGCCAGUGGAACAAAGACCACUUCAGCAGAUGCCACCUCAACUUGUGCCGCACACGCAGCAGCCACAGCAGCAGCCACCGCCACCAGCACAGCAAGCCCCGGCCCCGCCACAAACACCCCAGCAGCAGCAGCAGAUGAUGAUGAUGCUCAUGAUGCAGCAGGAUCCCAAAUCAGUCAGGCUUCCUGUACCACAAGGAGUUCACCCACCUAGAGGACCUCUGAAUCCAGACACUCAACGAAUGCCAAUGCAGCAGAGUGGUAACAUGCCUGUAAUGGUUAACCUCCAAGGUCCUGGAUCAGUGCCUCCAUCUCCUGAUAAACAACGAAUUUCCUUGCCAGGCAAUCCUCCUCUGGGAAGUAAUCCAAGAAAAAUGGUUUAUCAAGAUAAUGUACAGAAUCCUUCCAGCUCACCCCUUGGAGAGGUUUCAUCUGUAUCCUCCCUUCCAGAAGGAGGUGGAGCUGAAGGUCCCCCAGCAUCAGGAGCUCAGAAUAAUUUGACAUCUCAUUUAGUAGUUUCACAGAACCAAUUAAUGAUGACAGGACCCAAACCUGGACCAUCCCCACUUUCAGCUGCCCAAGGUGCAAGUCCCCAGCAGCAAUCUAAUUCUCUGCCUAGUGCUCUGACACACCAUUUUCCAAGUGUUGCCGCCCCCUCACAAACUUCAAGGCCUAAAACCCCAAACAGAGCAAGCCCAAGGCCAUACUAUCCUCAGACUCCUAAUAACCGUCCACCUAGCACAGAACCGUCAGAAAUUAGCUUGUCUCCAGAGAGACUCAAUGCUUCUAUAGCUGGUCUGUUCCCUCCUCAGAUUAAUAUUCCUUUACCUCCCAGGCCUAAUCUCAAUAGAGGAUUUGAUCAGCAGGGUCUUAAUCCCACUACUUUGAAGGCCAUUGGACAAGCCCCAUCAAAUCUCACAAUUAACAAUCAGUCUAGUUUUGCUGCUCCACAGUCACACAAAUUGGAAGGCGUGGUCAUUAAUUCAGGAAAACAAACCAGCACUGGAGGAACAAAGAGAGCAAGUCCAAGCAAUAGUCGAAGGUCCAGCCCUGGAUCCAGUAGGAAAACUACACCAAGCCCUGGCAGACAGAAUUCAAAAGCAGCUAAAUUAUCCAUGACAGCUCAGCAGAAUCCAUCUCUCUUGCAGAACAUGGAACUACAAAGAAAUAUAAUGGCUAGUCCCUCUUCUUUGCCAACACCUGUGACUACAAGUUUUCAAAAUAAUAACAUGCUAAGUAAUCAGAAUCCUGCAAUUUUUUUUUUUCCUGAAGACAAUAAAGAGAGCGUUAGUGUGCCUCAAGAUAACGAGUGUCAAAGUGCACAAGGUGUCCAAGGUAACAAAGACCAGCCCAGUAUUGAACUAAAAGGUAUCCCUACUCCAGAAAUUAAAAUGUUGGUUCCAGAAGAACAGUCAAGAAAAGAUGGGCAAGCCUUAGAAACCAGUAAGCUUCCAGUCUUGGAGGAAAGUAAAACUGUGGUAUCUCCAGCUAUGAGGGAGGCGCCAACUUCUUUAAGUCAACUUCUUGAUAAUUCUGGAGCUCCUAAUGUAACCAUUAAGCCCCCUGGGCUAACUGGUCUUGAGAUGGCACCAGUAGUCACCACUGGAGAGGAGCUAAAGAAGAUAGCUGUCAUUCCUCCACUGCAAGAUUCAUCCUGUAGCAAAGAGCCCUCUAAUUCACUCACCUUGCCACAAAAUAAUGAGCCCUGUUCAAAUGCAGGGCACCAGGAACUGGGAGAAAUAAACGUUGCACAGAGUGUUCCUCCUGUAAUGCAAAGGCCUGUCAGCUCUUCUUCUAUGUCAGGUCCUUUACCCUCCAACCAGAUAACAGUUUUUGUUACUUCAAACCCUAUUACAUCGUCUGCCAAUACAUCGGCGCCAUUGCCAUCUCAUUUGCAACCUGCGUUGGUGUCAACUGUUGUCACAAUGCCCAGUGUGGGGAACAAAGUUAUGGUUUCUGAGGGCCAGUCAGCAGUUCAGUCUAACACCCGGCCACAGUUUAUUACACCCGUUUUUAUAAACUCAUCAUCAAUAAUUCAGGUAAUGAAGGGCUCUCAAUCCAGUACGCUUCCAGCAGCUCCCAUGACUUCUAACUCUAGUCUGAUGCCUCAGUCGGUUGCGGUUGUUGGUCCUUUGCAUAUACCGCAGAAUAUAAAGUUCUCCUCAGGGCCCACUCCUCCCAGCACAUCAUCCAGCAGUCCUGUUUCUAGUAUUCCCACCAGCCGGCCCCUGGUUCUUAAUCCCGUGGCACCUUCUGUUCAACUGCCUUCUCCGUCCACAACUCCUUCCAGCGUUCCUUCCCAUCUUCCUGCUCAGCAAGUCAAAGACUUCAGCCCAGAGGAGACUCCUCAGAGUGGUGGGUCGAGUGACCAGUGCUCUGUUACUGCAGCACAGUCUGGACCUGUCGUUUCACCUCUUCUUACGAGUAGCCCAGGAUCUGGGAACAGACGCAGUCCUGUCUCAUCCAGUAAGGGAAAGGGAAAAGUUGAUAAGAUUGGCCAACUCUUGCUGACUAAAGCAUGCAAGAAAGUCACUGGCUCCCUUGAGAAAGGGGAAGAGCAAUAUGCUUUGGAGGGAGAAGCAGAAGGUCAGGGACUAGAAACAACAGUCCCAAAUACUUUGGGAACAGAGCAGUCACCAGCAGAACUAGAUAAUAAAACUGUGACACCUCCAGCACCCAGUCUUACAAAACAGAGCACUUCUGGGCCUGGCAGUUCGAGUGUCAGCACUGCGGCCGCUGCCCCUGCCUCCGUGUCUCCCAUCAUAUCAACAGGCACUCCUCCUGCGAGCGUCCCGCCGGUUGUAACCGCUCCCACCCCCCCAGACCUUGCACCUGCAGCCCCGAGCACUAAUGGUGGGAGCCACAGCGCUUUGCCAGCUGAGCAAACUGGGCUUGGUGGGGCUGAGGAGAAAGCAGGAGCACAUCAGGAACUGCCACAAAGUGCAGCAUCCUCUCAACAUUUAACACAGAAAAAAAGUUCAGUUGCAGCAUCAGAAAGUACUGUUCAAAGAACAGAACUUGAAACAAAUGCUCCAGUAGUUGCUGGUCAAAGUAAUGAGACAAAAGAGAAUUGUGAAAAGUCUAAAACUCCAAAUAGAAGAAAUUCAAGAACAGAGGAUUCUGGCGCUUCACAGGAAACUGUAGAGAAUGGACAGCGCAAGAGGUCCUCCAGACCAGCAUCUGCGUCCAGCAUUGCAAAAGAAACGAGUGCCAGUGCAAUGCAGUCAAAAAGAAGAAAAUCCAAGUAAAUUACUGCAUGGAAACAUGAAACAUGUAAAUGAGUGUGAAUUUCCCAAUAGCAAUUUUGAGCUGUGAUUUUUCUUUUUUAAAUAGAAUUCUGUACAGUAAGUCAUUUUAAUAUUAUACUGUUCCCCAUAAAUGAUUUUUUUUCUAAAAAACAGAUAAAUAGAUAUAAAAACUGGGUUGUUCUAAAACCCCCUGGAUUUAUGAAGUGAAGUCCAGGGUUAGCACAUGAGGUUAAUGUGUUUGUAUGAAAUGGAAGGGGAGGGGGAGACAAUUGUAAAUUUAUUUGUUUCCACUUUUCAUAAACAAAUUAGAAUACAGGGUUGUCAUUUUUAG